GGCGUUAAAUUGCUGCGGUUGAUUUAGACGUGACGGUGCACGGGCUGUGUGGAUUCGUGUUGUCAGUUCAAAUCCUUAUGACAUUACUUCUAGUCGUUAUUACCCGAUUGUCUUAGUCUCACCAUUUACUCUGUUGCUAGUUACUGUAGAUCUACUUCAUUUGAUUUUCCCGUGCACACGCAGCUCUAUACUCUCCCGUGGAAAUCCUGAUAAUUCUGUCCUGGGAAGUUGUUCGCGAUUGCUUUGUAACUAGCGCAAACGCUCGAAUAAACUGUAUACAGUCGUAAUGACCUGCGUGGCCAAGUUUUACGACGAUGUGAUUGAGGAUGUUAUAAGUGGUGUUAAAGAUGAGUUUGUAGAGGAUGGUGGUGAUAUCCAGAUACUUGAAGAACUCAAAAAGUUAUGGAAGUCCAAACUUGCUGAGACCCACGUCUUUAGCCCAGAGCCCGUCGGCGGAAGUGCUGCACAAUAUUUGAACCUUCUGCAACGUUCUCAAGUUCAGAUCCAUCCAAAUGUCGUCAGUUCUGGAAAUCCCUCCGUAGGUUUACCAAUAAGGCAGUUGAAUACAAUCAUCCGAACUGGGUCAGAUCAGACAACAGCAAGCAUGGCGCUUCCUGGUACGCUUUCAGGUUUGCGACUACCUGCAGCACGGGCUUCUGUCUCAGUCCCCACUCAAAUGCGAUCUCGUGAGCCAGUACAAGCUACUCCGUGUUUGGCCUCAGUUAUACUUCCAACUCAGUCGCAAACACAAAAGCAACCUCAAACAACCAGCGUUCUUCCCGCUGUGCUUACUUCCAAUCCAAGUGGAGCUCAAUCAAGACCUACUGCAACUACUAACGUUCAACAAGUUACAACACCUCAGCUCGCCACACUGCCUUCAGGUCUUACAGGACAUCUUGUACAAAUCGGCCAACAGACUUAUCUCGUCCCUCAGCCGUUAACAGCAGUCCGUCAACCUGGUGUUCAUCUGGCUGUUCCUCAGUAUAUAGGUAACCCAAGUGUGGCAACCAACAAUUCCAUGGCUUCUGAUUCCAAACCUUUUACUGUUUCAGACAUUGGGCAGUUUAAACAAACACAGGUCGAUGGUGUCCAUGAUAGCGAUGAUGAAAAGUUCUGUGAUACUCCUGUAUCACAAUCGAUGAGUGUACCUGGGCGUCGAAAGAAUCAAAAUAGUGGACAGCAUAAUUACAAUGAUAGUGUUGCAUCCCAUGCCCAUCAUGGUUCAGAUCUAGAAGAUGAUGAUGACGAUGAUGAUGACUUAGUCCCUGCUACUCCUGGUUUCACCCCACACUCGUCUGUUUUAUCUCACUACAACACUAGUCGUUAUGUGAUGGAUACUCCAAGAGAUAUGGGUGGGGGCACACCUCUUGUAAGUGCCCCACCCACUCCUAUGACCCCUCCUUCCGUAUCAGUCCCAGAAAGUCACUUACGCCCUGGACAACAGUCCUUAGCUACUCAUUCACUUCACACUGCACAAACACCUGCUUCCAAACGUCGAAGACUUUCACCAUACCACGGGAAGAAUACAGAUACAGAUGAGUCUGAGGGUUGUGAUGAUGGCGAAGAUCCAGACAUAGUAACUACUACCACUACACCGGCUAACCCAAACGAACUAUCCAUAGAAAACUACGAAAAUACUGUUGAUCCUAAGCGAAAAUUGGACCAAGUGAAGCAAAAACUUAAACAGCGUCCACAACAAGAUAGGAAUCCAGUCAGUCCUAAGAACAAUCGUAUAACAAAACAGUUUUCAUCCCCAACUGAAUCAGAGCUCGGUGUUCCAGAUCAGAUGGAAUUCCUUGAAGGAGAUCCUCUAAAAGCAGAAGAGGAAGGAGAAGAAGAUGAGGAAGAAGAACCUCUGAAUUCAGAGGAUGAUGUGAGUGAUGAAGAACCUGAAGUGCUGUUCGAAUCGGAUAAUGUUGUUGUUUGUCAGUAUGAUAAGGUGAGUUCCGAUAGGAAUUUAGAACAACUGAUAAGUUUUCUGUUUUUUCACGUAGGUGGUGAAUUGGGCCAAUAAGAAAAUACUCAUAUCCACUCAUUAGCUUCACUAAAUGCUAGGAAUACUUCUACGGUAUAUGUGAUUAACUACGUGCCACCAUAUGUUCUCUACUUCUGCAGGCCAUAUUUAACACCCGUAAACUAAUACAAGUGAACUUUAUGCAAUGUAUGCAUCCUGUUGAUAGGCGGACAAAAACCUAAUUUAUGUCGGAUAUAUUCAUCGAGCUCGAAAUAAAUGGCGUUUUCAUCUGAAGGACGGGAUAAUGUCCAUAAAUGGUCGGGAUCAUAUUUUCCAAAAGGCUGUCGGUGAGGCUGAAUGGUAGUUUAAAUGGAAUGUAUUUAGUUAUUAGUUUCUUCAUAUCAAAGGAUAUCGUCGAAAGAUGAAUUUGGCUACUGUUCCCUCUAUUUUCCGAUACCAUCAUGUUUAGUCACUUGUAUUAAUUGAUGCAAAUGUAAAACUUUGUGAAUGACUAUAGUCGCAAUUGUUGUAUGCCUCUUUUAACCAACUUUGCGUUCUGUAAAGAAAAAGAUAACCAUAACCAAUUUCACUUCCUUGCAGUCACAGUAAGGUACUUUUAUAGUCGUUUGUAAAAUAAAGAAUAAAUUGAAAACACUAAAAAAAAACUAAACCACCACACAAAAUUGAUCAAUUGCACGAUAUAGAUAAAUUGUAGGAUUUGACACCAGUAUUCCUCAGUUAUUCGAUCUUAAUUAUGGUUUAAAAGUUCUUACUUUUAUUCUUUCUUCACUCAUCCUAUGUGUUCACGUUUCAUACUAUAGAAAAGCCUAUAUUUAUUGUGCAUAUCUUGUUCAUUACUUUAUCACAUCCAGUUUUAUUGUGAUUAUCUUUUUGUUUGUGUAUUUUUUAAAGAAAAAAAAACCAUUUUAUUACUGUCUUCCUAACUAAAUCGUUGAUAAUAAUAGCAGUGAUUACGGUCUUUAGUUAUAUAUAUGUAUAUAUUACUGUAUCUAACACACUUGUGACAACACAGUUACACCUACUAGAAAAGUUUUAUUCAUCGUAUCUGUUUUCACUAACAUUUAGUCAGUAAAUUUGUACUAGUUAUUAAUAACUUGACAAUCAGUGAAUAUGAAAUAAUUGUUAGAUG